AGAAAAUUGGCUUGGGGCUUAAAGGGUUAAUGUCAAGGUGAAUGGACACUUUCUCCACCUUUGUGUUGUCUAACAGUACACAUAAUCAUGAAGUUGCAGCUAUGUAUUUGCCUUGAACUGCAGUGUUAUGUUGACCAUAAGCACGAUUGUUUGAGAAUGAGGAGCUGAGAACUGUGUGAUUCACCGUACCGGAAACGUGAUUGAGCGACUGAACGAUAUGAACGAUUCUUUCUGCCGAACUGACCGACGGGAACUGAAACUCGACAUCGAGCGAUGAAAUCCGCCUCCGAUACUCAAGUCCAGAGUGUCUUCAUGGGUGAGACUGGAUUAAAUAUGGAGCUGAAGUCAACAAACAGAACUGCUGCAGGUUCUUGAUUAAUGUAAACCUGCUGGAGAGGAACCAGGAUUUAGACUCUGUCCUCUGUGUGUGUUUAUGUCUGUGUAUUCAUGUAUUUAUGUUUGCCUCCAUUGCUUCCUCUCACUGGGUCACCUGGUCAGUGACAGGCCGGGGUGAAGCUGAUGCCUUGCUCAAGGGCUCCUCCCUGUGGCAGGAGGGGGAAACAAGUCACUGACAUUGUCACGUAUCCUCAGCACAUUUAUUAAAACUCUUAUCUUAAAGGUAAAAACAGUGAUUUUUUUUUUUUUUUUUAUUCCUCAGCACAUUUAUCGACUCCUGUCUGCUGCUGCUGCCUUCACGUGUGUCGUAAAUCUGAACCUCAGAGGAGUAUGUCACUGUGACGUCCCCACUGGCCGGCGUGUGACGUGGCCGGGGGCGUGGAGCCGGCUGACAGCCUGCGUGAGGUAUCUGAAUCUCCAUUAACACAUUUCUGAUUCAUCUCUGUUGACAUAUCGAGCCUCGUCUUUCUGUCUCCAUCCUCCCUGUUUGACUCCUUCUCAUCGUGACAUCAUUUGUAUGUUUCAGUCUGCAUCACAGGGUCCUCCUCCCUCUCUCCUCCUCCUCCUCCUCUUCCUCGGUGUCUCCUCUUCCUCUCCCAUCCCUCCUCCUCCUCCUCCUCACAUUUCCCCGGUGCUGCUGCUGCUGCCUCCUCCGUGCGUCGCGGCGCGGCCAUGGUGGACUCUCCCCAAGCGAUGAAGAAGACCUUCUCGGUGCCGGAGAUCAAGCCGCUGGACCAGUACGACUUCACCCGGGCCAAGAUCUGCGCCAGCGUCCGGUGGCUGCUGUCGAAAUCGUACGGCUCUGCAGAAAAUGUUCCCGUGGAGUUUCGGGACCCUCUCUACAAGGACCAGUAUGAACAAGAGCACCUCAAACCGUCCGUCUCCAAGCUGCUCCUCUCCCCGGAGAUCUACUGCCGAGCCCAGGCCCUGCUGGCCCGGACGCAGGGACCCCCGGCCGAUAACUCCGCCCUGCUGCAGUUCCUCAUCAAGAAAGGUUUCGCUCCAAAGGUCCUGGAUGCAGACGUCACCGAGGAGGACCUCAGCUGCGUCCCCAUCAAGACGAAAGCCCACCUCGCCGUGAUCGACGCCCUGAUGACGCUGGCUGCCAAAGAGGCGGUGGGCAGGGUGAAGAUGGCGGUGGAGGCGGAGCAGAUGGGCGUCGGGGCUCCGUGGGAGAACGCUCUGCUCUUCUGGGUCAACAGGCUGAACCAGAAGUUGAGAGAAAUCACAGAAGACGACGAGCCGCCCAAGUCGCAGACGUGUACAGACCUGCAGCCUGCUCAGGACGCGUGUCAGUCCACCCGCUGGUACUGGAAACUAGUCCCCCAUGCUAUCGCUUUUUGUUUGAAGGAGUCGGGGAAUAAGCCGCCAGUGAUCCGCUACAGGAAGGACCAAGUGCAGUCUAAGCUGACUCCUACUUUCCCUCUGGUUUGUGCGGUCAAAGAUUUGUCUAAUGGCUGCGCGAUAGCUGCUGUGUUACACUACUACUGCUCCAGCCUGCUGCCUCUAGAGGAUGUGUGUCUGAAGGACACCAUGUCGGUGGCCGACAGUCUCUACAACCUGCAGCUGAUUAAAGAGUUCUGUGAGAGCAGUUUGCAGAGCUGCUGCCCGCUCGCUGUGGAGGACCUGCUCUACGCUCCACCGCUUCUACAUAUGAAUAUCAUGAGUUUCAUAGCUGAGCUGCUGGAGUGGUUUGAGGUCAAGAAGCCUGAAUUCGUCAAACCCAUCCAACCCAUCGACCUCACAGAUGUCUCAGGGUUACUAGACUGUACAAGCCCUGUCAAUGGAAACAGCAACAGUGGUUCCCCUUCCUUUAUCUUAAAACAAUCCUUUGUGCCCAUCUCCUCUCCGGUGUCACCAGAAAACAAAAGUUGGACAAAGAAACAAAUCAGUCGUCCUCUGUCAGCAGUGACUUUCAGCAUCCCAUUUGGGCUGGACAGUGAUGUUGACAUUGUCAUGGGAAACCCAAUAGAUUCUGUCUUUCGCUCUGCCAGCACUGACAGCCUCACCACAGGCAUCCCUGCAAUGACUUCACCGGUGAAAUCAGCAGGGAUGAAUCAUGUCCCGUACGGCCCUCCAGAGGACUUCAGCCACCUGGUCAGUGCUUCUGCACCAUCGCAGCGCUCGUCCUGGGGCCCUUACGCACACACAACACCACUGGGAGAGCUGCCGACCAUCGAGGAGGCGCUACAGGUUGUGCAUUCUCCUGGCAACAAAGAUCGGCGGAAGGGAAGGACAGCAGAGAAAGCAGGAAAGGUCGUGUUGGGAGGAAGGCCGGAGCCCAGGUUACGUCCUGAAGGAGCCCCUGCUGGGUUCUUCCUACAUUCCCCUGAGGAGAAUAACCCCCAGCUCAGUAGCUCAGCUCCGAGUCGCUCUGGAGUCCUCUACCGGCCUGUAGGAGGAGAGACGGGUGAUACUAAAAGGCAAGGAAGGGGAGAAAAGAGGGACAGACCAGAUCGCACCUCCGAUAUGUCUCGUGAUGACGACUCUGUUCUACGAGAUGGUAGCGUUGACUCCUCUGAAGCAUCCGAUGAUAACCCUAGAAACGCCCCGGGUAAUAUGCGACCCGGUAACGGUCGCCAAGGAAACAACAGUACCGGCAACAGUCCACGCAUGACAAACUUUGCUGAGCGACGAGACAGCAGAAAAAGACAUUCCGCCGCUCCCGGGGAGGAGUCAACCUCUGCUCCGACCCCAACAACCCCAGGCACUCCACAUACACCCUCCACACCAGGAGGGCCACCUGGCCGCCAGGACAGCCCAGGUCCCAGAGGCCCUGAACCAGGAUCUGAAGCCUGGGAGUUGGGUGUUCGUUUAGAGGAGAAACGUAAAAGUAUUGAAGCUCAAAAGAGACGCAUUGAAGCCAUCUUCGCCAAACACAGACAGAGACUUGGAAAAACUGCGUUCCUUCAACUGAAAAGAGAGCAAGGAGAGGGAGGAGGAGUGGGAGCGGAGGAGGAUAAUCUUACCCUGGAGGAGCGCCUCACAUGCAUGGAGGAGCAACUGAAACAGGAGGAAGAGAAGGAAAAGAAAGAGACAGAAAAAGAUGGAGAGAAGGAGAAAGAGAAGCCAUCUGCCUCCAAUCCUCCUCGCUUAGAGAAGCAGGUCACAUUCUCUAUUGAAAGUAAGAAAGGGGCAGAGAAAGAAAAGGAAGCAGAGAAAGAGAAAGGAGGUGAAGGUGUCCUUGUAGAGUAUAAUGAAGUGGUGCAAAAACUGAGUGAAGCCCUGCAGUCACUACAGAAAGACAUGCAGAAACUUACAGAACAACAACAGCAGCUCAUGAGCAACCAAAGACCCAGAAAUACACCCAAAGUCACUACUCCAAAAUCAACCACCAGAAGUAAUGCCAAAACACAAUCCAAAACGCCUCCUCACACCCCGACCAAGACACCACCAAGAACCCCAACAAAGACACCAACAAGGAGUACCACAAAGGCUUGGGUUAUUCCUGCUGGAUCCACUACUGCUUCCUCUCCAUCACGUCGUUCCCAAGCCCUUGCCUCCCCAAAAACUCAAAUCAUCUCUUCCUCCUGCCCAGCUCCUCGCACUAAGAUCCACUCCUCCUCCACUCCUCGCAGCCCCAAGCACCACCCACGUCCCCAACAUCAGCCUCACCCACGGCCUUCCGAACUCAAGUUCCCGCCACUCAACCGUGUGUUGACACCAACCCACAAUGUGGACACCCUACCCCACUUGCGCCGUGUGUCCCCCAGCAAGUGUCAGGUUCAGACCACCUCUUCCUUCCGUAUCGGUGGGCCUCGGACUCCUCAAGAGUCACCUCAGUCUGUCCAGCAGGCUCAGCAGGAUGAGUGCACCUCAGACACAGGCUCGAGUGAGACACCAACUCAGUUCAGCCUGGAGCUGGAGCAGGAGGAAACAGAGUCAGUAGGAGGGCUGCCGAUCUUAACACAACCCAGACAUGAUCGCCCGAGGGGUGCUGGUGGAAGCAGCUCCGGAGCUCCUUCCGAAUGUUCUUUUGAGAGCGAGACUUUGUCCAUUUCUGCUGCCUACAGCGCAGCAGGUGAAGGUGGGAGAGGUGGAGGUGCAGGGAAACAGUGCAGCCUGAUUGAGGUCUCAUUUUCAUCUCAUGGAGGGCCUGAGGCGAGCAGCGAUGAACCAACCGAUGAAGGGCAGGAGUUUUCUUCUGAUUCUAUGAGCGACCACAUGGAAUCGGCUGUGGAACCUGUCAGAAGACUUGUUGCAGAACCCCUAGACCCCAUAGAGCAGCUGGAACUGGCCAUGGGAGCCAUCGACUUGACAGAACAACAAACUGAAUCCAAAGAGGAGGAGAAAAGACCUGCUGAAACUUUGGAACCAAGUGGAGAACAGAAUGAGCUGGGAACGACUGAAACUUUGGAGCCAAGUGGAGAACAGAAUGAGCUGGGAACAAAGGGAGGACUUCAGUUCUUCUUUAAGGAGGAGGUACGUGGUGAGGAGGAGAUGGCCCAGCGUCGAGCUCUACUCUUGGAAAAACAGCAAAGGAGAACUGAGGAGCUGAAGAAGAGGCGACAGUGGCAUGAGCAAGAGAGGGAAAACAGGCCGGAUUCCUCACACAAAAGAAUGGGGUCUCCCUCCAAUACACCUCCUGUAGGCACAACUUCACCUUCACCGACACCUCCUGCUACACCAGCCCGCCGAGGAGACUUUACACGAGGGGAGUAUGCGCGUCGACAGCAACUCAGGAUCAUGGAUGAUUUGGACAAAGUGCUCCAGCAGCAGCAGAAAUCAACCAAUCAAGGACGAUCUUCCGCUAAGAAAACCCGCUCCCGGCCUCGCAGCAUGACCAGGGAGGAAACAAAGCUCUCUCUGAGUCCAGCUAAGGGAACUGCUGGAGCUAAGUUGACCAAAGUGUACUCCCACUCCUCCCUCAACCUGGCAGCCACGGACGAGGCAGGGAGCAAAAGUGCAAACCCUACAAAGAAACCCAACAGCCGUCCUGGUUCACCUGCAGGCUGCAUGACGCCGAGUAAACUGGUAACUCAGAACGGAGAAUGGGACAGUGGUUCCAAUGGUACCUCGCCGGCCCCAGAAUACACAGGUCCAAAGCUCUUCAAAGAACCGAGCUUCAAGUCCAACAAGUUCAUCAUUCACAACGCGCUCUCUCGCUGCUGCCUCGCCGGAAAGGUCAACGAGACACAAAAGAACAAGAUAGUGGAGGAGAUGGAAAAGAGUCCGGCCAACCACUUCCUCAUCCUCUUCCGUGAUUCCAGCUGUCAGUUCAGGGGCGUUUACACCAUGAACACCGACUCCCAGGAGCUCGUGCGACUGGCUGGCGUGGGCCCACGGACAAUUAGCUCCGCCCAGGUGGAGUCCAUCUACAAAUACAGCUCAGACAGGAAGCAGUUUAGCACCAUCCCCUCUAAAACCAUGGGCAUGAGUGUGGACGCCUUCACAAUCCCCGGCCAUCUUUGGCAGGGAGGAGGAGGAGCGGCGGGCGGAGGAAGCAGGAGAGCGAGCAUCACUAAGAAGGCAGUAAUUUCCAAGUGAGGAACAUGACACAUCGCAGUGGCAGAUAAUUAAAGAAAACACUGUAAUCACACUGUAAUUAGAGUGGAAACUGUUGUAAAGUAUGAAAUACAGUAGGAGGAUGAGGGGGAGGAAGAGUUACAAAUAAGGCAGUCGUUUCUUUUUCCAAGUGAAGAACAUCUUACAUCUCAGUGACAGAUAAUGAAAGAAAACACUAUAAUGAUAGUGAAAACUGUAGUCACGUAUAAAAACAUGCACACAGUCGAGCCUUUAGCCACGUGUGUGCAUACAUACACUUUACCUCUCUUGCCCUGGGACAUUACAACAAAUACAAAACAUUAAGAAAUGAUUUGUACUCCUCCUUUCUGUGCACGGAAAACGUUAACAGCACAGCUUUUCCUUUCCUUAAACGGACACACUCACAUCCAGAGUGUACCGAGGAAGUUUUUGUAAACAUGUUCAGUUCAAAUCGCACAAGGAAGUUACUUUUAAAAAGUCUCGAUACUUCUACUUUCAUUGUUUAAAGUACAAAACUCAAAAAUGACUUUUUUUUUCCUUUAUGAAGAAAAAAGGAAACUUUACGAAGCUUUUUAUUUGAAAAACACUGACUUUCAUAAGACACACGAUUACCGUCUGUUCCCUGUCUGCUAGUAGAGCACCAGUUUUGUACGUUACGCCAAACAACAGAGAAAAUGCCUUCUUGUGUCAGCGUGACCGGCAGGACCUUUUGUCUUGUCCGAGUUACGGCUGUCAGUAGGUGGAUUAAUUAAAGCACAUGUGUUUUGCAAAAUGAAAGAUAGCCAUAAUCAUACGUCGCAGAGAGCGGAAGUGAACGUCAAACGUCUGUAAAGGUGUCGGUGGUCUUCAGAGACGACGACCGCAGCAGCAUGGAGGGUUAUUUACUGUAUGUGGUAUAAACUUACUUUGAAAACAAUAUCACAGUGAAAAUUGAAUGUUUGAUGACACUAUGUUGACAAUGGGUAUAUGUAUGAGUUUCAGAUGCCAAUUAAACAACGCUGAGCUAAUUGCAUAUUGAGGAUGACAUGUCAUGCCAAACUUACAUUUAGAAGUACCUGCAUUGUGGUGCUCUCUGUUAGGGAUGGGUCCUGAUGGCUGAGUCUAGUUUGUAUCCAAGACACAGAUUUUGUUAAGCUCUGCAGCCAAAAAAAAAAAAAUCUCUUAUUGGAUCUUUUGUUGUGAAUCUCAGUUGAUACAGUUGAUAUUCGCUGGAUGAUCAAACAGGAGCAGGAAGAUGAUACUGACUGAAAAAACAGAACUUAUUGUUUUAACUAAAAGAUCAAAAUAAGGAUUUGGAUAGAAGCAGAUUCAGAGCUGGAUCCAAAUUUAUUACGAUGCUAUCGGGCCUCAUCCUUACCUUUAUUAGAGUGCACACAAUUAAAUCGGUGUGUUUCAGAACCAGCAUUCAUGUAUGAAAUAACAAACAGACUGGAUUAAACUCCACAGAUCAACUGUU